UAUUUUGAAGACCUCCUUGCCAAGAAAAGCCUGUGGUCAGUGUAUACCUUCUGUCUCCAGCUCUAGAGAGCUGUGGUUUUACUGGUUUCUGUAUCAGAGGAUUCUGAUGCUGUGGGGGGAGGCUAGACAGGGAGAGUCACCUGCCAGGUUGAAUCACCUACCUCACAGAGACCUCUGAAUCCAGAAGCUCCACAAUAAGCAGAGCAAGAGAGUAACCAGCAGGCAAUAAAAUUAUUAUAUUCUGAAUUAGGAUCAAGCUUCUACACAAAAGACAGUAUGAACAUGAAAGAGAUUUUCAUCCUUCUCCUGAAUCUGUAUUUGGUCUUCAGUGUCCAAGACACUCGAGAGAGCAUCCCUAUGAAGAGCUUAAGCUGCUACAAUGACUACAACUCACAGGUGACCUGCACAUGGAUGGAGCGUUCAGAGGCUCAUGCCCUUGUUGGUAUGAUUCUUUACCAAAGGUACAAUAUUAUAACGGAGAACAAGGAGAUGUUUUGCAAACGGCAAAUAGAAAAUGACUUACAUGAGGCUCCAGAUUCCUAUGUGCGCUGGGUUUGUCGCAGCACUACAAACGAUUUUGGAAUAGGAGUAUAUGAUAUUUACAGCUUCAAACCAAACAAGAUCCUUCAAGCAGAAUUAAAUGUUCAUCUUUUCCAGAAUGUUCAGACCCUCCCACCUCAAAACCUUUUGGUCAGCUCGAUGAGAUCAGGAGACUUCUUGCUGACCUGGAAAGCAGCUGAUGGAAGCCAAGGGCUGGGCAACACACUGGAGUAUGAAGUCACUUACAAGCGGGACUGGGAGUCCUGGGAGAAAGCUGCCUCACUCUUGCUCUCCAACAUCACACGUUGCCAUCUCAGCCACAAGGACCUAGUCCCAGGGAGCAGAUAUGUUGCCCGUGUGCGAGCCAGACCAGGGCGAGACAGUGGCUUCUCUGGGCAGUACAGCGAGUGGAGCAUGGAGGUGUCAUGGGAGACGCCUGAAGGUGACCUUCAGCCCAGGAACCUUCGCUGCCUCUUCAAUGGUGCAGAUACUCUGACAUGCAGCUGGGAAGUGAACAAAGCGAUCAUCACCUCUGUCCUCUUUGGCUUGUUCUUCAGGGCUACUCCAACAUCAGUGUAUGUGCUUAGCCCAUGGCAGCAUGUCUGUGCCUCUCCCAUGGACUUUCUGCUCUAUCCCAUUUCCCCUGACUUCAGCACCACUUCUUUGUCUCUCCUCAGAGAAGAGGAGUGCUCUCCUGUGCAUGAGAAGGUUUUGCCUCACAUUCCAUAUGUGGUCCAAAACUGUGAGAUCCCUGUUAGCAACUCCAGCAGUCAGAGCCAGUACCAUGUGUCUGUCCAAGUCAAGACAGAGGAGAAACUGAUUGAAGCCUACAAGAACAUUAAGGUGCUGCCACCUGCAAAUGUGUCAGUAACAGUGACAGAGAACAAAGAGUAUGAACUGAGGUGGAUAAAACACACCUUGAGAUAUGACUUCAUAAAACAGAGAUACCAAGUUGAGUACUGGGAAAACAACCAAUAUGAAAAGACUCUCCAGAAGUUAAAUAUCAACAAUGAUGAACCUCCCUUCAUCUUCACCCUGCAGAUGCUGUCAUCAUCUACAGAAUAUAGGGGGAAAAUGCGUGCAAGGGUGAAUACACCUCUGGAUUAUGAGGGACCUUGGAGUGAAUGGAGUGAGGAGUUCACCUGGAAGACUGAGAAUGUUUUGCCACCAGUGGUUCUCCCAGUGAUGCUCCCAGCUGUCAUCGUCACUUUGCUAAUAGCUGUUUAUUGCAGCUAUAAGUGUUUCCUCAGGAAGAAGAAAAUGUGGGAGGAGAAGAUUCCAAACCCCAGCAAGAGUCUCCUGAUCCAGAGCUACCUGGGGAAAGUGCAUUUUGGAGACAGGCCAACAAACAGCCAGCUGGACUUCAACAAAUGCAGUCAUUCAGAGAAGAUGGAACAGGCUAGCUUCCUUCAAGUUGUGGACAGGCAGAUGAAGACUUUGACAGAGUCCCCUGAAGAGCAGACUAAAAAGACAGAUAUUUCCCCCAUGGCACUGGACCUUCAGAACUCUUACCAUGCUUUAAAUGAGCCAGAGCAUGCCCCAGUUGUCUGCUCGAGUCAGGCUGUUCAUCAUUCCUUUCCUGUUUCAAGGAGAAAUAGUGCUGAUGCAGGUAUUGCUUCCCAGGCAGCAACCCAUUGCUUGGCUUUCAAUGGUCCAUACUUGUACUGCCCUGUGAUGUCCUCCCAGCCUGAUAUGCACCAGACCCUGGAAAAGGACCCAGUGGGACUCUAUGAGAAAUCAGUUUCCCUUCAGUAUGUGACCUUACCAAAGGAAGUCUAUCCCCAGGCUCCGCAGAGGCAAAACCAGCCAGGAGCAGGUCCUCCACAGCCCUUCCUGCUCCCAGAUCAGAAGGAAACGAUGCAGCACCCUGAUGAUGGGGAAGAAGUCUCACCAGCCCCACCAGCCUGUGGGAAAGGCACAAAUGUGAGAAGGGAAGAGCAAAAAUCUCUGAAGGCUCUUGGCUCUAUCAUGUCUCCUCAGCAGUGCGCCUUGGAGUACAUCACCACAGAAAGCCUGUUACUGUCAUCAGCCAGUGGCUCCAUUCAUCCACCACUUGUCACCACUGGGGUGCUACCUUGUGACUUACGGGAGCCUCAGCACCCCAGUGACUGCUCUGGCCAUGAGUCUUCUCCUGGGAAAUCUGGUGUCACGGCCUCAGUUUCAGGUCAAGCACCAACCUUUUCUCCUGAAUUGCACCUGGAUGCAUUUGGAGACUGUCUUGCUGUCCCUGUAGAUGUAAAUCUCCAUGGACAUUCAGAACCCACAAAGAUUUGUUUGCCUGUCUUGCAGAAGGGAAAUGAUCUUCCUAGAAAGCAGCCUUUGUCAGAGGGUAACUUGGUGGUGUUAAACCCUGACAGCACCGAGCCAGUUUUCCUUUGCCAGGUUGGCGACUAUUGCUUCCACAGCUUAAAACCCAGUGGGAAGAUGGAUGUUAAUCAGGAAGACCAUCAAGUCAAGAAACUUUCUGAAGGCAAGACAACACCUGGGAAGCCCUUGUCUGAUGAUGAAUCCACCACUGGCAAGGAAAUGGCUUUAUCUAAAAUGCAGGCUAUUCAGCUUUUCAAAAACCUGAAAUCAGAUGAUUACUUUUCCUGGCAGCAAUCUUUGGGGAUCACAGAAACCUAUUAAAUGGGCAAAUAUUAAUAAAUACCAAAGACACAGGUAACUGAAAGAGGUUCCAACUACCUGAUGAAAAUGAACCCCCAAACUUAGGAAUAAAUAAAUGCCAGUUCCCUUUUUGAGCUUCCAGUCCAAUGUGUUGAAAGACUUGAAGUAGCUCAAUAUCCUUCUCAAUGGCCUUCACAGAGUUGGCUUGAAAGAUAAUCCAAAUAUUGCCCUUUGGUAUUUUUGCAAACUUUUUGGCUUAUCCACAAAGAACAGUUUAUCCUCCUCAUGAUCCUGUGACAGAUCACAGUCAUCUUGCAA